CUGGACAAAAUUAGUCAUAUCUAACCAAAUAUGCCUUGAAAAUAUACCAUGUACAUCUUCGGUAUACACAGUAAUUAUCCUUGUCUAAUGCUGUAGCUUGUAUUAUUAAAAAAACACCAUACAGUAUUUGAGCAGCCCCAUUCAGAGUCCCAGCGAACUGGGAUGGCUCUUCCUGCUUCAGAGGGCCUUCUGGCAGUACAAGAGGAAAGGCAAGGAGGUCAUCAAGGGCCCCUUUCAACCCUGUGAGAUGGGACUUGUCAGGCAUUUCUCACGGCAAAAAUGCAGUGUCGAUUUGUACAUGGAUCUAAUCCCGUUUGCAAACAUUACAAGACCUCUCUCUAAAACUGGAGAGUAUAAGAAGCUUCUUGGCAGGAGCUAAGACUGUGGAGGCCAAGGAAGGAUGAGAUAUUUGGCACGAGAAGCGUGUGGGGCGAUGGCAUCGUUGAGCUGUGGAUGGCAAAUGACAGACUGAGACUUUAUUGGAAACUGUACUUUCCACUUUUUCUCCCUCAUCCUGAGGUCUUGUAGUGUGUGAAAGCAGCUUUUCUUGAAUUUAAGAAGUGAUUAGAUAAGAAAGGAGAUCUAUGUAUUUUGGGCUCAGUCAAGGCUACGUAAAACCCUAGGGCACAAGAUCUUAUUUUGGAUCUUAUUUGUGGAACAUCUUGUUGGAGGACAGUCGUGCCGUGCGAGACUUAAAUUCUGCAGAGUGCGUAAAACUGGACUUCUUCAAACAGCUUUCCCCUGACUGUGUUGAUACCAGCCAGCCUCUGUUCAUCUCUGGUUACUUCUCCCCUCUAGUUUCCAGCUUUGGGGGGCUUCUUAUUUUUGAUACUGACAGUCUUAGAAAUUUUAAUUGAUGUCAUGGUUGUUUAUUUGUAUUGGUUUUAAAUUAACGCUGUUCUGCACCGCCGUUAGCUGUUAUGUGGCGUUUAACUUAAAUCAUUUUAUGCUACACUGUUAACCAUCUCAGCCAUCUUGAGCCACUUUGUUGUGGGAGAGAUGGGAUGAAUUUGGACAGACAGACAGAGGCAGGCAGGCAGGCAGGCAGACAGACAGAUAGGCAAUGCAAGAAAUACAGUUUAUUUUAAAAUCCAAAUACCGUUUAGUACGUUAUUAGCAUCACUUUCAUCUUGGGUAAUCUUUUAAUUUGAUCGUCCUUUUAUGAAAAGGAUUUCUACAGACACUUUUUGACAGUUCGUUGUGACGAUGUAUUAUUUACAUAGCAUCAUCACAUCACGUGAUGCUCUGUGGAGCAACGCAAUUCAGUUUACUGACCGCCACUUCACAAAUAACUCCCCCCCCCCCCAAGUGUUUUCAGAUUACAGGUCCAGGAAAUGGGGCUGCAGCUGUUACGAUGGCAAAAUGGGCAGCUGUCCCUGCCACAUUGGCAUGUGCUUCUAUUAAUGUGUCCGCUGCCAUGGAAGAGGAACCGAAAUCCCAGCCAGUCAAACCGCAUCAGCUUUCAUUUUAUAACGAACCAACUCUGAAGUCAAGAUACGUUGAUGAAAAGCCUGGUGGCUUGCAGUCUGGGAUUUCUUCAGUCAGAAAGUCAACGGGUUAUUACAUCGAUGGGCUCAAGAAUGUUUAUUUCUUCAUAAAAAAUGGAGUAAUAUCUUCAAUACAGUUUGGAAAAGAUGCAUAUGUUUAUCUGAAGAAUCCCCCUCCAGAAUUUCUUCCAAAAGUUGGUGCAAUUACAAUUUCUGGAUUGACUGGGAUAGUCCUAGCAAAGAAAGGAUCCAGAUUUAAGAAGAUUGCCUAUCCUGUGGGACUCAGCGCAUUGUGCAUCUCUCUUUGCUACCCAGCUCAGUCAAUAGUUGUUGCAAAGGUAUCAGGUCGAAAGCUAUAUUCUGCAAGCCACAAAACCUAUGAAGCAAUAGGAUCACUCUGGACAAAACCAUCCACGUCAGAAGUGCCCCUAGUCCAGGAUAAAGUUGCCAAGGAAGCUCCAGUCUCUAGAACAGAUCAGAGCAUCUCAGAAGUGCAUACGGCAGCUUCGGAAUCAGAGGAAAAGGCAGAAGCACACCAGACACCAUUUCAUGCAGGGAAAACUGUUGCCGAAUCAAAUUCAGUGCCUUUGAUAGCUAAAGUGAAGGUGCCAAGUGUCAUAUCAGAUGCAGUGAAGGUACAAAAGUUUACACCUGAUCCCAACCUCAUGGACCACGGCCAGUCCAGUCCAGAAGAUGUGGAUAUGUACAGUACAAGAAGCUAACACACCAGACUGUCUUGCCUCCAGGAUGCAAUAGUGAGGGACAUUAUACUGACAGCAUAAAACGAUUUCCAAGUGUUACUUUGUGUGGUGGGAUUGGAUCAGGUAUUUUUUUAACCAUCCCUGUACAGCCAAUUUACUCGUCCUUCAUUGCCUCUGUAUAAAUUUUUAUGACUUCUUGUUACCAAAUAUUGUCUGAUUUCUGGAAUUGUAGGUAGUCUGUUGACAGAGAGAGCAACACUGUUGUAUAGGCACUGGGAUUAUUCUCAGAUGAGAUUAUUGUUGUCAUGCUGGUAGUUAAUUUCAAAUAGACUACUAUGCUGCUUUUGCUCAGGCCCAGGUAGUAAAAGAGAAUUAUUUAGAA